GUAUGAUGAUAGUUUUGAUCAUCAAUUGGUGCCUCACUAAGGCAGCACUCACUAUCACUAUAAAUAUGCACACCACCCUAUACUUUCUUCAAGUCCGGCCUAAAUCAGUUCUCAAGUUCUCCCAUUCCCAGAGAGAGAUCUGAUCAUACCCCUUCAAAAACCCAAUGGCCUCAAGGAAUGUCCUGAGCAUGGAGGAGUUCCUGGAGGAGAUAUCCCUCCAGCAACAGGCCGUUGCUCUCGAGCUGAGACGCAAACAGCGCCAAUCUUCCUCUAAAACUGAUCCCAACACCACCGCGAAGGAACUUCUCGAGGCGAUCGACCUCCAGGAACGGAUGGCCAUCUUUGAGAAGAAGAAGCUCGAGAAACAAGCACAAGUCCAGCAUCCAAAUGUCAUAGAGAUGUUUGGGGAGCUUUACCACCCUGAGCCUAGUAAGCUUCCUUCUCUUGAUGAAUCAAGCUCCUCUGCUCCUGUAACCAGUAGUGAAGAAGGUGGUGGGGGCUGUGAGGGAAAUGGAAGAGGAUGCACGGGCACCAGGGAUUGAAUGAGGAAUAUAAUGCUGGAACGGAUCAAGGCUCGUCCGAGGGGAAAAUAAUGUGUUUUUUAUGUUUCUAUGUUUUAUUUUAAAUUUUGUAGAUAAAACUUUUAUGAUGUACUAAUUUCAAUCACAUCUAUGAAAACAUUGUCACAAAAGUGGUCUUUUUCGCUUACAUGAUUUAUGAUGGUUGCGUGUCAUGCUUUCUCACUUUGAAGUUUCCAUUGCUCAGAAAAGAAGAAGAGGAGAUAAUAAUAGCUUA